CCAUAUUUCUGUACGGCCCUGAGGCAGCCCAGGCAGUCGGUGGGUCGGGAGAGGUGCUGACAGGGCGGGGCCGCCGCUCGGCUCAGCCGGCCUCACCCCUCCCGCCCGGGACAGGUGGCUGGAGCGCGCCCCGCCUCCGCCAGCUGCGAGUGGGAGCGAGCGAGGGCCAGUCCCGGACGGCCGCUGCCAGCUGCGAGAGGGAGUGAGUGAGGGCUAGUCCGGGACGGCCGGGCGAGGAGUCCGGCAGCAGCAAAGGAUCAUCGUGGCGGCCAAAAAAAUGUUCCUGUACCGAGGGGCCCUCGGGGGCCCUGGCUCGCCCGGCUGCGGGCUGUCCCGGCAGGGCGGCGGCCCGCAGGCCUUCGGAAUCCGCUUGAGCACGAUGAGCCCCCGCUACCUACAGAGCAACUCCAGCAGCCACACGCGACCCUUCAGUGCCAUCGCGGAGCUGCUAGAUAAUGCUGUAGAUCCAGAUGUAUCGGCCAGGACGGUCUUUAUAGAUGUUGAGGAGGUCAAGAGUAAAUCUUGUUUGACCUUUACUGAUGAUGGAUGUGGGAUGACACCUCAUAAACUACACCGAAUGCUCAGCUUUGGCUUUACAGAUAAAGAAAUACGGAAGAGCCAGUGUCCCAUCGGGGUCUUUGGUAAUGGUUUCAAAUCAGGCUCCAUGCGGCUAGGAAAGGACGCUCUUGUCUUCACCAAGAAUGGGGGUACCCUCACUGUUGGACUCCUGUCACAGACCUAUCUGGAAUGUGUCCAGGCCCAGGCAGUUAUUGUACCAAUAGUUCCAUUCAACCAGCAAAACAAAAAAAUGAUUGUUACUGAGGAUUCCUUGCCCAGCCUAGAAGCCAUCUUGAACUAUUCAAUUUUCAACAGUGAAAAUGACCUGCUAUCCCAGUUUGAUGCCAUCCCAGGCAAAAAAGGCACUCGUGUUCUCAUUUGGAACAUCCGCAGAAAUAAAGAUGGAAAGUCUGAGUUGGACUUUGACACAGAUCAAUAUGACAUCCUGGUAUCAGACUUUGACACAGAAGAAAAAGAGACUGGUGGUAUUACCUCUGAGCUACCAGAAACAGAAUAUUCUUUACGGGCAUUUUGUGGUAUUCUAUACAUGAAGCCACGAAUGAAAAUUUUUCUGCGUCAAAAGAAGGUGACUACCCAGAUAAUUGCCAAGAGCCUGGCCAAUGUAGGAUAUGAUAUAUAUAAACCUACCUCCACAAAUAAGCAAGUGAGAAUCACUUUUGGAUUCUCUUGCAAGAAUAGUAACCAGUUUGGAAUAAUGAUGUAUCAUAACAACCGACUCAUAAAGUCUUUUGAGAAGGUGGGAUGCCAGGUGAAGCCAACUUGUGGAGAAGGUGUGGGAGUAAUUGGAGUCAUUGAGUGCAAUUUCCUAAAACCUGCCUACAACAAACAAGACUUUGAGUACACUAAGGAGUACCGGUUGACAAUAAAUGCCCUUGCCCAGAAGCUCAAUGCUUACUGGAAGGAAAAAACAUCUCAAGAGAAUUUUGAAGCCUCAGCCAUAGCCAGACCAAUACCGAAGAUUCCUGACCAGACAUGGGUACAGUGUGAUGAGUGUCUUAAAUGGAGGAAGCUUCCUGGCAACGUUGAUCCGUCUUCAUUACCUACAAGAUGGUUUUGUUAUUAUAAUUCCCAUCCAAAGUACAGGAGAUGCUCUGUUCCAGAGGAACAAGAACUCAUUGAUGAAGACCUGUACUUGAGCAAAGCUAAGAAACAAGAUCAAACUGUUGAGAAGAAGAAGAUGCCUAUAGAAAAUGAAAAUCACCAGGUAUUCAGUAAUCCACCAAAGAUCCCUACUAUUCAAGAUAUGGCUGGAUUGAAUUACAUGGCAACUGGAUAUGAGGAAAUUGAUAGCCCUAAUGUGCUUCCAGCCAUUAGAGAAGAAAGCAGAUCACCUCUUCAACUUACGCCUCUGGAUUCCAGUGUUUUUCAGUUUUCCAGUAAGUACAAAUGGCUCCUAGGCGAGGAACCUGCGGAGAAACGAAGAAGGCUGCAGAAUGAGCUGAUAAUACCUCCUUUAAAUUAUUCCAUGCCUGGUCCUUACAAGAGGGUAGAGGCAGCUGUUGCCUACCCAGAAGGGGAGAACAGCCAUGAUAAAUCCAGUUCUGAGAGAAGUACACCACCGUACCUUUUCCCAGAAUACCCAGAAGCAAACAAGAGUACAGGUCAGAGUAGGGAUGUUCCAGUUCUGUAUCCAGGGGCCCAAGACCAACACCAAGGGUCCUUGCUUCCUGAAGAAUUAGAAGAUCAGAUGCCAAGAUUAGUAGCAGAAGAAUCUAACAGAGGUAGCACAAACAUAAACAAAGAAGAAGUGAACAAGGGACCUUUUGUAGCUAUUGUCGGUGUUGCCAAAGGUGUUAAAGAUUCAGGAGCUCCCAUUCAGCUUAUCCCUUUUAACAGAGAGGAUCUUGCUGAGAGGCGAAAAGCAGUUGAGUCCUGGAACCCAGGGCCUUAUUCUUCUGUGGCCUCUGCUGCAGUCCCUGCUGCAGCCAUUGGAGAGAAAGGAAGAGGCUAUGAGGAGAGUGGAGGUCGUAAUACAUCGAAGGUGGAGAACCAGAGAGAGCUGGAAGAAUUGAAGAGAACUACAGAAAAAUUGGAACGUGUUUUGGCCGAAAGGAAUUUGUUGCAGCAAAAGGUGGAGGAGUUAGAACAGGAGAGGAAUCACUGGCAUUCUGAAUUCAAGAAAGUCCAACAUGAAUUGGUGACCUACAGUACACAGGAGACGGAAGGCUUAUAUUGGAGCAAGAAACACAUGGGUUAUCGCCAAGCUGAAUUCCAGAUUCUGAAAGCUGAGCUAGAAAGAACCAAAGAGGAAAAGCAAGAAUUAAAAGAGAAACUGAAGGAGACAGAGACACACCUGGAAAUGCUGCAGAAGGCUCAGGUCUCCUAUCGGACCCCAGAGGGAGAUGACCUAGAAAGGGCUUUGGCACAGCUUACGCGGCUGCGUAUCCACGUCAGCUAUCUCCUUACUUCUGUCCUCCCUCACUUGGAGCUUCGAGAGAUCGGAUUUCCACAGGUCUGGAUGAAGGUAAAAGAGCCAUCACCACCAUCUCUUUCCUCUCCAGCGUCUCAAGUCUGCUUUUCCCCUGGUUUCUGUUAGCAGAAUCUUAUGAGCGGGAGCCUAUCUGAGGUCUUCAAGGUAUUUAGACAUUUGGGAAGAAUAUUGAGACGUUUUGGCCUGGGAAAGACUAUCCCUUGCUAACAUAGAUUCAAAUCUGUUAUAUAAAAUAUACUUUGUUGUCUGCCCCCAUCCUUCAAAGAUAUAUAUUUUGGUGUGACUUUGACCCUACCCUUUAGAUCACCAAUAAAUAUACUUAGGUAAUAACAGUUAACCAUUUGUUAGGACCUACUGUACACCAUGACCACACUGAGAGGCAGGUGUCAUCCUCAUUUUAUAGAUGAGAAAACUAAAGUGUAGAGAAUUGAAGUGGUUUUCCCAAGGCCACCCAGUUAGAGAGUGCGGAGGCAAAAUCCAAACCCAGAUGUGUCCAACUCCAGAGGCCAAGCUCUCUGCUGAUUACACCGUAUUGCCUGUCUUGAAAAUUAUUAGUCUCCUCUUCUUCCUUUUUAUGGGAAAAUGCUAAAACUAGCCCACAUUAAUAGGAAUUUCCAAGGAAGAAAGUUCCAUGAACCCACACAAUGUUUAACUGCCCUCAUGAUCAGGAAAUUGUUCACUUAUGUAACAAAUAUCCCUCCAAAGAACGUGGAAAUUCAUUUCCUCUUGACUGGGUUUUUCACUUAGGGCUGUUGCUUGGCAGCUUUCCUGAUAACAAAGCAGUCAUCAAGAUCCUAUUCUUACACUCCAGGAGGUCCUGGACUUGUUGUCCUCUGCCCAUGGGUGUUCGUUCUCGCUGGCUGCCUUGACUCCUCCCCUCCCCAGACAGUGCUGAGUUGGACAAGUCUCUUGGGGAAAAAGUGACACUUGAGAACAUAUUGGUUUAUUAUUACACACAGAGGAGUAAAAUUAACCAUAUGAGGUGCCUCUGAAAUUGCUAAGAGGAAGAUGGCACACCUUUCUCAUCCUGUCUGCCUUUUUCUUGAUUUCUACCUCAUCUCCAUUUUUUAAUCAUUUAGUUGAAAAGUGUGUUAUUCAGGAAAGUCCUCUGAUCCCCUAAAUUCCCAAGUCCAUUUUCUCUGAAUUGUUCUAUUUUUAAAAGUCAUUGGAUUCCUCUUCUGGCUCCUUUUAGGGCUAAACUGAGAAACUGGGGCAAAUUCUGGUGUUAAUAUCUGACCUGUGGCUGAAUGUCUUUCUCUUCCCAGAAAACAUACUUGCUUUUAAAUCAAGGCAUUCCAUGCCUUUAAACCAAGGGAGAAGGAUCUUCACAAUAGCAUCAGACAUCCCUUGUGGGGAUGCUGAUCCAUCGUCUUGCAUCCCAUUGGGUAAUUCCAGAAACAAAUUCAGGUGAAGAGGCUGCAAAGAGCAUAUUCUCUUUGUACCUUUGGUGUAACUGGCCUUUCUCCCCCACAGAACUUUGUCAAAUAUUAGACUUUGAAAGUGCUGUUGGAGAAUAGGAGCAACCACUCAAAUGCUGGGUUGCCUGCCACACUACUCAUUUGGCAGCUCAUUUCACAUCCCAUUGUACUCGCUGCUACCUUUUUAAAAGCAUGUGAGCAUUCUCAGUGUUACCUCCACAAAGUCAUAAGUAUUUGCAAACAAAGUUCUUCAAAGUCACCAGAAGGUGGCUACCUUUCUGGAAGAAUGGGACUUCAAGGAGGACAGGAUAGCAACAGCUCCCUCCUAAAAGGGACCUGAUGAUGUGCCGUUGCAAGGUGGCUUCCUGCUUGUCUUCAGGAGCAUUGAGGCCUGGAGCAGGGAAUUGUAGGUGAGAGUUAACUAGGUAUCCCUGAGCUGCAAUUCCCAGGAAAGUGGUGGGUUAUGGGUGGGAGGAGGUGGUCAGAUUACAGCCUCUAUCACUGUGUCUGAUAACGGCCUGUUAAUAUUUUAUCAGUGAUCACAUCACAGCAUAUAGUGAGCCACCUCUUAGGGCAGAAGAGAGAGAUAACCUGCUGGACUUCCUGUUUGAGGUUCUUUUUCCUCUUGAGAUAACAGAAUUUCUCAUCAAAGCCAGGAACCGCUUGGGCAAGGAGACCAGUCUGGGCGAAAGCCAGUCUUCAGCCAGCUGAGGAGCACAUGUGCUUCCCAACCUGGGACCUUUGUGUCCCUGAGUGGGCAGCUGCAGGCACGAAAGAAUCACUUGUCCAAGGACCCAAGGCUGAGUGGGAGGGAAC